CAGGGUCUACUGGUUUAGGCCCCAGGGUACAUGAUCACCAGAGCACGGGCGAUGGGCUUCAAAUUCCCUGAACUAUCAUCUUGAUUCUUGACCGGCUUACCAUUCCUCACUUUCUUUCUCCGUUCGCCUUCCCUCUCUCUGCGGCACGGCCAUGGACGACCCUCCGGUACAAAGGAUCGCCAUAUCGGGCCCCACUCUCGCCUCCAUAAUCCAACGUUUCUCCUCUUCGAAUGGAGACGUGGACGGCCUCCUAUUCGGCCACGUCACUCACCUCACCCCCUCCAAUCUGCCGGAUGACGACGGACCCGCCUCCUCCUCCUCCACCUCGUCUUUCUCGGACUCGCCGCUCACCGUCGUCGCCACCAUCACCUGCUUCUUGUGCUCCGGCACAGUUAGUAGUUUUUACGACUCGCUGGGUCGACUGGACCUCAACACUCUCCGACGGUUUCUCGGCAACCGAGGACCGGGCCAGUCCUUGAUCGGCUGGUUCAUGGGGAGGCGCAGGACUCCUCCACGGCCAUCCAUGAGAGAAUACUCAGUCUCGGCCUCUCUCUGCAACAAGGCCCUAAACCUUGUCCCUCCCGACGACCCACUCUCCCCUUUCAAUUUACCCCCUUGCGUCUUUGUCGUCUUCUCGACCCCCUUCUCCAAUCAAUUAAUCCAUACACACGAACACCGAGCCUUCCAGUUUCGUCGAUCGACUUGUGUUUUCGAGCCCAAAUCGUUGGAUGUUGUCAACAUCGGACCGGCGUUUCGGGGACAUUACGGUGCGUUUUCCCCUAACUCGCCGUUCCCAUGGUUGUCUUGUGGGUCGAGCGAUUCCAAGGAGAAGAGUAGCGAGAGCCUGAGUCAGAUAAGACGGGCAUCGAAGGAGCAGCAGCUAUUGGAUUCGUGUGCCAAGGGGUAUGAGAUUGGAAGACUGAGUCGUUUGAUGGGUUCGGAGGCGGCCAACUAUACUUCCGAGUUGGAGGGUUUGUAUGGGAAGAUGCUUGCGAAGCUCGAGGGUUUGGCACGCCUCGUCGAGCAAAGUUCAGCUAUGGUCAUUGAACAGGAAAACCAAAAUGUAAAGUUACGGUUGAAAGUUGCAGGCCUGGAAUAAUCUUUGGAUGCUUAGAUGACCUUUUUUGUUGUGUCAGGUUUGCUGAUCAACGUUACUACCCCAAAUUUGAAACUCAUUACUGUAUUACUGAAACUGAAUCAGAGGGCUUCUUGGUGUUUGUUGACGGGGAUUGACCGUCGUGUCAGGCUGUUUUAGAAAAUGAGUUAGCAUGAUGAAAAUUUUGGGAUACAAAGGUGUUGAUUACGGACAGCCCUGCAAAUCUGCAUAGCAUCUCUUUUAGGGGUGUCAAUCGGUCGGGCCGGUUCAGUUUCGAUCAGGCUUAAUCGGGCUUGAAGACUUUCAAAGGCUACACCGUGUCCGUUCAUUUAACUAAUCGGGCU